GUAUACCUGACUCCUUUAAUCGGUGGUUUUAUCGCCGACAGAUAUUGGGGAAACAGACGAUCUAUUGUAACCGGGGGUAUAUUGAUGGCACUUGGAGAGUUGAUUAUGUUUGGCUGUGCCUCUCUUUAUCAUACGAUGCCUGAUAUUUCAACCUUCUUGUUCUUUACAGGUUUAGGUUUCAUGAUUUCCGGUAACGGUUUCUUUAAACCAAACAUCUCUUCAAUGGUAGGUCAGCUUUAUCCUAAAAGUGACCGCCGUAUUGAUGCUGCUUACACGAUUUUUUAUAUGGGAAUCAAUGUUGGUGGUGCACUGGGCCCUUUUAUCUGCGGAUAU